GCGCAAGAGAUCAGCGCGAGCGUCGAUAAGCCGCUGGGAUUGACGCUGAAGGAGCGCGGCGACGGUCGACCGGGGGUGCAGAUCGCGCAGUGCAAGGGGAACGCGUCGAAGGCGGGGCUGAAGGCGGGGGACAUCGUCAAGUACCACUCGUCGUUUUUCGGCGACGAGCUGUGGCCGGCGGACGCGCUGGCGUUCUCGCGAAGCGCGAUCUCGGCGUGCCCGAACACGGUUGAUUUUGUCGUCGUGCGAGGCGGUCAAGGGGCGGACUUUGACGUGAAGCGGUUGCCGAAGCGACCGGCGCCGCCGAAGUUUGGCCGCAAGUUGACGGCGGCGCAAAAGGAAAGAGCGUCGCACAUUUGCGUGGAUUGCGGGUACGUGUACACGCUGCCGACGGCGUUUAGCGAGCAACCGAAGAGCUAUAUUUGCCCGCAGUGCAACGCGCCGAAGAGUCGGUUCGCGCCGUACGACGUCGAGACGGGACGCGCGAAGGGUGGGGGCUUAUCCACGCCCUUGAUCACCGUCGCGUCCACCGUCAUCGGUCUCGGCGGCAUCGCGUUCUUAUUG